CGGCCGCGGCAGGCGCCGCCGCUUCUUUCGCUUUCCGCUGCUGGUGAUGGAUCAUGGCGACGCGAGGCGGCUCCGCGGGGCGCCUUCUGUGCGGGGCGCUGCAGCUGGCGGGGCUGCUGCAGGUGUCCUCACUACUGUACACCCCCCAGCAUCCACCCCAGUGCCACAAUCCAAACAGUGAGCUCUAUUAUGAAACCAUCAACAAAUGUUGCACCUUGUGCCCUCCAGGUUUCCGUGUGCUUCAGAGCUGCAGUGAGACCACUGACACAAAAUGUGAAGAGUGUGACGAGGGGAUGUAUACUCAUGCCUGGAGCAAAGCUGAACGCUGUUUUAGCUGUUCUCCACCAUGCAAAAAAGGAUUUGUCGAAGUGAGGGAGUGCAAAAAGAUGCAAGACCGACUAUGCUGGUGUCCUCCUCACCGGUUCUGCAGCCUGCUGCACUCUGGGAUCUGCUUCCGGUGCCAGCCAUACCAGCAGUGCCAAAGAGGCCAGGGAGUUGCAAAACCAGGCACAAAAAACAGCGAUGUGCAGUGUGUGCCCUGCGGUCCGGGCACAUUUUCAGAUGUGGAAUCCCACAGCGCCACCUGCAGGCCCCACAGGAUCUGUAAAUCGGAAAUCUCUCCUGGAAACAGCACCAACGAUGCCAUUUGCAAUGAUCUUGGCAUGCCUGUCGACAUCCUAACAGUGGCUGAGAGCACUACAGUCACUGGAAGAAGCCGCUUGGUGACCAGGAGUCCAACACGGAACAGCCAGCAGCUUCAACAAGACCAUCCAGCAGACAUUUCUUCUGUUGCUGGUUGGGUGGCCGGAGUGAUGUUUGCCGUUUUCACACUGAUUGGAGUUAUCUGUUUUGCUUUCAGGAAAAAAGACCAACAUUGUGCUCCACCUUGUGGCAAGGAAAAACAGCUGUUUCUAUCUUCCGAAAAGGUACCUAACAACUGGCCUCAGGACACUGGCGCUCUGGGACAAGAGAAGCAGAAUCUUCUGCAGAGCUCUAUCUCAAGCAGUGGGUCCUUUGAUAGCCCACCUGAGUCUGACAAGAGCAGCGGAAUCAGCUCUGUGGGCACUUUAAAAAUCGACACCGAGAGGACUCAGGAAAGAUCUUCUCCAUCGAAUAGCUGUGUGGUUCACAGUGGUGCAAACUCAAAGCAAUCCAGCAGUGGAGGAACCCACGUCAACGUCAGCUGUACUGUCAGUGUCUGUCAUCCUUUAGACCACAGUUUGCCGUUCCAGUCGCAGAAAGGUUCAGCCACUGCAGAUUCCGGAGAUUGCCCUUCACCAGAAAACCUUCCCCUGUCAAAGGAAGAAAGCCCCUUACAUAGAGAAAAUGGAGGACAAAUUGCCGUCGAGGUCGAAGACAAUAUGGUUGUUUUUGACCAGAAUGAAGGAAAGACACUUCCAUUGGGCGUACAAGAUGUGGGCAUGAAGGCUACAUGAGGAAGGCACGUGUGGAAUGUCACAGGACACAGUGGCUGGAUGGCUUUCAGCAAAGCAGCUUUUGCUAUGUUGCAAAAGCAUCACAAGCCUGUCGCAGUUGGCUUGAGAACCUCAGGUGCUUCAUAGUAACACAGAAAAGACUUGGGUAGAAAACGAAGCUUGUGAAAAAUAUAUCUAUAUUUUAAUUCCAGGAUUUGUAAGUGAUCCACAGGAAAAGAGGACAGUGACGGGUAUUCUGGAGUGCUUUGAUCACAACAAGAUUGCCUGAAAAUGGCAGCUAUGGUGAUAUGAUUCUCUCUCUGACUCCUUGCCCGGUUGACACCCCAAAACGUAUCUCCCAGCCAACAUCUUGUUUUCUUUUUAUCGCCUUCUACCUUGUCCCUGGUUUUUGGUCUGCAUGUAUCAUUCUUGCUUAGGGUGCAAGAUACAGUAUCUCAGGUUCAAAUCCCAGACAAGCUCUGCUCAAGGAAGGGAAAAAAUGUCUGUAUCUUUAACUGCUGAGAAAGAGAAGUUGCACAGUGGCAGACCACAUGCUUUGCACGUUGAAGGCCCCAGAUUAAGUCCCUGGCGUCCCCACGAGGGCUGGGAAAGACUCAUUUCUGAAAUCCUGGAUUGCUGCCACCAGUCAUUGUGUAGCCAGUGCUGAAGUAGAUAACGUAGAUCAAUGGUCUGACUUGGUAUAAGGCAGCUUCCUAUGUCCAUUGGGGUCAUCCACAGCUCACUGGUAGAGUACCUGCUCUGCAUGUGGAAGUUCCCAAGUUUGAACCCCAGCAUCUCCAGGUAGGGUUGGGAAGGACCCGUCUUGGAAACCUGGGGAACCUCUGCCAGUCAGUGUAGAGAAUACUGGACCAGUCAUCACGAUCUUACGUACCUUCAGGCCAAGAGUCGUAGCUCAGUGUUCAGUUGCAGACGUCUCCAGGUAGUUGGGAGUGCCCCCUGCUGGAAACCCUGGAGAGGUGCCACCGGUUAGUGGAGACAAUCCUGAGCUGGAUGGACCAAAGGUCUGAUUCAGCUUCCUAUGACCUAGCUAUCUGAAUUAAACAGCAGGCUGGGUUUUCAAGGCACUGAGGCCCAAGCCUGCAACAACAUGGCUAUCAUUAAAUUAUUUGAGCUCUCUUUCCUUCAGAAUAGCUUUCUGCCGCCCAAAGGGAAUGUUUUUCAAAACUUUUUUUAAAAAUUCAGUAUAUACUUUUCCCCCAGUACGUCUUGGCAUUUCAGUUCGCCUGCUUCUCCAUUUCAGUACAUAGCAGUUAUGGUGAACUGUUGUUAUUAUGACAAAUUGUACUAUAUUACUGUGGGGGUGGGGGCUGGAGAGGAGCAGUUGUUUAGAAAAGGGAAUUUUAAGUUCAAGGUUCUAGUUUUGGUGUACAAAGCCCUAUACAGCUUGGGACCAGGAUACCUGAAAGACCAUCUUACCCCUGCAGAUACCAUUUUAUCAGGAGAUCCAUUCCGCACAACAUAGGAAACGGACCUUUAGUGUGGCGGCACCUACCCUGUGGAAUUCCCUCCCCUUAAAUAUUAGGCAGGCGCCAUCUCUGCUAUCUUUUCGGCACCUAUUGAAGACCUUCCUAUUUCAACAAGCCUUUGAAGCAGAGACGUUAUCCCAGUCUGCAUCUGUGUUGGAAUUGCUUUUUAAUAUGUUUUUAAAGCUACUUUAAAAGAUGCUUUAAAGCUUUUAAAAAAAUGUUUUUAAAGAUGUAUUGUUUAAUAUAUAUUAUAAAGUCUGUUUUUAUAAUCUUUUAAA